AUGGCUCCAGCCAUGAUUCGCCAUCUUCUUGCAAGCGUUGUUCUCCUUAUGGCGGUCAUGGCAAACGGGCAACCCACCGGCUCCAAACAUCGGACGGCUAGAUGUGCGGACAGGAAAUUCAGUGCAUGUUACAGUCAGCCGGCACAGUACUGCCCCGCUGAAUGCCCAAAUUACUGUGCAGUUGACUGUUUUAGAUGCCUACCUGUUUGUGUUCCAAAGCCACCUCCAGGUCCACCACCACCACCAAGACGAAGACGGUCACCGCCUCCACCUCGUCCUCCACCACCACCAAGACGAAGACGGUCACCACCUCGACCUCGUUCUCCACCACCACCUCCUCCUGUCAAUGCUCCACCACCCCCACCAACUUUGAGCCCCCCUCCAUCUACACCUAGUCCACCACCAGAAGUAUCUGAAAAAAGAGUCCAUUGCAAGAACAAAAAUUACACCAAGUGCUACCGCAUGGAACAACGUUGCCCAAGUUCUUGUCCAGACCAAUGUGAGGUUGACUGCGUCACCUGCAGUCCUGUUUGCAACUGCAACAAGCCAGGAGCUGUCUGCCAGGAUCCACGAUUUAUUGGGGCUGAUGGAAUUACCUUCUACUUCCAUGGCAAAAAGGAUCAAGACUUCUGUAUAGUUUCCGAUUCUAAUUUACACAUCAAUGCUCACUUCAUUGGAAAGAAAAGCGAGAACAGGACAAGGGACUUUACUUGGGUUCAGUCCCUUGGUAUUCUAUUUGACAACCAUCAAAUAUUUGUUGGUGCUAAGAGGACAGCAACAUGGGACAAUGCAGUUGAUCGCCUAGACCUAGAUUUUGAUGGACAACAAAUACUCCUAUCCGAAGGUGAAGGUUCCAAAUGGCUACCAGGUACAGCACCUGGCGUUUCCAUCACAAGGUCUCUUGACGUCAAUGCUGCAGUUAUAGAAGUGGAAGGGAACUUCCAGAUAAAAGCAACUGUGGUUCCAAUCACAGAGAAGGAAUCAAGGAUACACAAGUAUGGCGUAACUGAUGAAGACUGCUUUGCCCAUCUUGAUUUGAGCUUUAAGUUCUACUCAUUGAGCGGUGCAGUAAAUGGAGUCUUGGGUCAGACAUACAGCAGCAAUUAUGUCAGCAGGGCCAAGAUGGGGGUGGACAUGCCAGUUUUGGGAGGACAGAAGGAGUUUGCUUCUUCAAGCCUCUUCUCCACAGAUUGUUCUGUUGAUCAAUUCAGUGGAACUUCUCCAAUCACCACUACAAAUAAUGUGGAAUACGCUAACAUGAAUUGUGCAAGUGGAUUUGAUGGCCGUGGUGUGGUAUGCAAGAGAUGA